AUGGAGAAUCUCUCUCCUGACAAGUUAACCCUGAAGAUGCAACCAGUGGACUAUGACAGUAUUCACAGUGUUUUCUCAGCAGAGCUCACAUCUCCUAUGAAUAUGUCCUACAGCUGUUGCUCUGGAAACUUCUCCUCCCGCUCCCUUGGGGGCUACCUGCGCUACCCAGGCUCCUCCUGUGGCUCUUACCCCAGCAACCUGGUCUACCGCACUGACCUCUGCUCUCCCAGCACCUGCCAACUGGGCUCCUCUCUCUCCAGUGGCUGUCAGGAGACCUGCUGUGAGCCCACCAGCUGCCAGACAUCCCGUGUGGUGUCCAGCCCCUGCCAGAUGUCCUGCUAUCGCCGGAGGACCUCCACGCUCUGCAAUCCCUGCUGGAUGACUUACCUUGGGCCCAGCUUUGGGUCUAGCAGCCACUGUCCUCUAGGCUAUGGAUCCAGAAGCUGCUACUCACUGGGCUGUAGGUCCAGUGAUUGCAAACCCCUGGGUUAUGGAGUCUGUGGCUUCCCCACCUUGGGCUGUGGAUCCAGAUUCUGCUACCCAACUUAUUUUGGUUUUCAUAAUCUCCAGCCAUUUUGCUACAAACCAAUCUAUGGACCUGGCUUCUACAGAUUAACUUGUUGA